UUGAGGUUCAUGACGCAGUUCAGAAUAUCCGAAGGUGUAAAAAAAAACAAAAAACGCAGAUCUGGCAACACGACCCAAAUUCUACACGUACAAUACUAUACUUUACUAAACAGUUUGUCCAAACAGACCCGUAGUUUGGUUACUCUAAACGGCAUAUCGUACAAUUUUUUUAUUUUUAUUUUUAAUUUGAAUUGUUAGUAAUGUAGCACUAGGGUUCAACUGGCGCGCGAGGUGCUCACGUGAAGAGACGCUCGAGCACGUUCACGUCGGUUUCCUGACGUGUAAAUAUGUAGUAUUAAUACUACACAGCGUGAGGGGAGGAUUUAUUUAUAAUAUUAUCGUAUAGCAGCGCUUGUAUAGGCUGGUUAUUACGCUGAAGAUCACAAAAUGGCCAAUUAUGGCUCUACAAAAUGGCGUGAAGCAUGGCACAUCAGAAGAGCUAAACUCGGCGUAGCCCUCGCCGUUAUAAAGAGCAAGCCUGCUGGGAAGAGCGCUCGGGAACAUGCGGAAUAUUUGGCCGCUAAACUCAAACAGCAGGAGGAAAACUGGAAAAGUAAAGCAGAAGAUCUUAAAGAAGAAGUUUUACGUCUGAAACAGGACCUGUUGCUGACUAAACUGCUGAGCAAGCAGAGAAAUGGCGCCGAGACAGCGCAGGGGGAUGAUGUUGUAAAGCUCUUCUCCCAGGAUCUCACAGAGGCUCAGCUUUCAGAAAACGACUCGGGCUGCGACACCCAGACCCUUUCCCUAACGCCUGAUCCUGCCGACGCCGUCCUCUCCUCUACAGUCCCUCCAUAUUCCAUCCGGCCCGGCCACUCAUCCUUCCACAGAGACACCCGGGAGUGUGCACUCUCCAAACACAUGCGCUUCUUGCAGAACCUGAGUGCGUUACGUGGCUCGGGGAGGAAUACACAGAUGGACAGAGGGGAUGCGGUGAUGGAGGACACAGCACUUAGCAUGAUUAAAUCUGUGGUGGAGGCCCACCGAGAAGCUGGAGCAGGAAGAUUAGGAGACGUUUCUCAGCUGGAUCGCUUCCUCCAGGCGUCACGCCUGGUGGCGCAGGCCCUGGAGAAGGUACUCUGCAAGCAGGACGUUUAUGAGAAAGCGGAAGAGAUGCUCGAGCAGCUGCUCGAGCUGCUGCUUAACAAUAGUCAGCUUAAUAAGUUUGCAGUGCAGAACAAUUUGACCGAGUGUCUGAUCUGUCUAGGAGGCGCCAGCGUGCUCGGGUCUGCGCUACUUAAACUCGGCCUGUCCCGCAUCAUCGGCCUAGCUGAGCAUCUCUGGAGUGCGUGCCAGGAAGUGCCUGAGGGACAGCAGCCACAGCAGGUAGACUGGGUCAGAUAUGAGAACUCCUUUUACCUUUUCUGGACCCUAGAGCAGCUUAUUCAAGCCAGGUCGUGUCAAGCAAGGAAUGAACUCCACCACCUUCAAGCCCAGUUGGAAAAAGAUGUCCUCCCUCUUUCAGAUGAGUUUCCCCUGUUCGCUCUUUACAUGUGGAGAAUCGAGGGACUUCUUAAGCCUGCUUGCACCCGAGGGACCUGAGCUUCAAAGCUCGUGGUCUUUCAUCCUGACUCACAUUUUUAUUUAUUUUUUUCCCUCCCCAUAUCUCUGAGGCAAGCUACUGUUCAAUUCGAAAAUGUGCGAUUUAGACGAAGUGGAAACGUAUUGAAAGUCUGUGCAGUUACUGGUUAGGCCCCUGGACUAAAACUUAAGAAAAUACCAACAUUGUUCAUGACAAAUAAACCAAGUGAACUGUUCUUUUAAA